AAGAACAGAUGGAGCAGAAAUCCAGAAGCGAUAGCACCAAAUUGGGUCAAACAAUACAAUAAAUUUGGUAGAAUCGAUGGACAUGGAUUCAAUUAUAUGCGAAGAGAUUUUCGUGUCUUUUAUGAACAAGCUUACGCUGAGAAGAAAGAUUUUACAAAAUCCAUUAAAAAAUUCCCGUCUGAACCGAAGCUGAAAUUACGAAGCCAUCAAAAGAAGAAGUCAUCGAGCGGGAAAAAAGAAACAAAAAAGAAUGUAAAAAUAGAAAAACUCAUUUCAAAACUGAGUGCUAAUGUUGGACAAUCGACUUCAAAACAAAGUGAAGUACAAGUUGAAGAAGAUGAGGAUAUUUUUGAGUAUUUUGAUUUUGAUGAUGAUUCAAGUGAGGAUGAAAAUGAGAGUUAUGAUGUGCCAUCAUCCUUGUUAACUGAAUUAAAACGUGACUGUAUUAAGAAAUCAGUUGCAGCUAAUAUAGCUCUGGAAAUAAUGUGCUCAACUCCAACUCAACUAACUCUCAAGCGUUUGCUUACAUUUGAAAAGCAUCAGUUGGUAACUGAAUGGGAAAUAGCUAAGAAAACGUACUGUUUACGAGAUUUAGACUGGGAAGUAGUACCGGGAAUGAUAAAUCUUUGUGAUGAAGUAGCCAAGGAAAUGGUGGAGAUUGAUCGGGUGCUUGAGGCUAUUCGAUGUUUGGGACGAUGUGAAUUAGCUGCAAAUUUAAUGCCAAUACUAAAGAAAUCCGUCAAAGCUGAAUUACAGAGGAAAGGUGCCCCAGGCCAAAAAGAAGAGGUGCAUUCCAGCGAUUCAGAAGAAGGCGAAGUGGAAAAAAGUAAAGAAUCUGAAGAUAAGACGAAAAAGAGUGAGGAAUCUGUAGAACAUGAGAAGGAAGAAAGGGAAAAAUCUGAAGAUGAGACGGAAGAAAGUGAAGAAUCCGAAAAAGAUGAAGCAGAAGAAAGUGAAAAAUCCGACGCAACAUCUGAUAAUUCAUCAUCAUCAUCAGAAAUUGAGGAAUUGAAAAUCGUUACUGAUGAAAAAUAUGAAAAAGAAGUGAUGAAAGUAAAGAAAUAUUUGGCAAAUACUUUUAUUGAUUUGUUAAGAGGAACACAAUUCUUUACUGAAAUACUUAGUUUUGGCGAAAAAAAGGAUGAAGAAAGGGAAAUUGGUUACUCAAAUUAUCAAUCAUAUCAUUCAAAUUAUCAGUUUUAUCGAAUGUUAUCUUCUAUGACUCAUGCUUAUUAA